GAGUCUUCCAGAGACAUACAUUGAUCAUUUAUCUGGAAAUGCAGAUCAGAAAGGGACAAGUCCAUUAAAUGAACAAGUAGAAGACUCUCUGGAAAAAUAUUCUUUCUUAAAGCCUACUGUCGAGGAGAAAGAUUCUGUUCCUAAGAAAGGAGGAGAAAUGGAGGAAAAACAAACAUCGAAAUCAGAUUCUCCAGGAAAAUGUUCUUACUUGAAGCCUGCUGUGGAGGGGAAAGGUUUUGUUCCUAAUGAACCCAGAGAAAUGGAGGAUAUACAAGCAUCCCAAUCAGAUUCUCCAGGAAAAUAUUCUUACUUGAAGCCUGCUGUGGAGGGGAAAGAGUUUAUUCCUAAUCAACCCAGAGAAGUGGAGGAAAUUCAAGCAUCCCAGUCAGAUUCUCCAGGAAAAUAUUCUUACUUGAAGCCUGGUGUUGAAGUAAACCAUUCUCUUCCUAAUAAACCAGGAGAAAUGGAGGAAAAAGAAACAUCCGAAUCAGAUUUUUCAGCAGAACUAGACUUAGAAAUGACAACAGAAGAGGAGGAAGAAAGUCUUAGUGAAAGUGAAAAUAAACACCUGCAGAUUGAAGAAACGGAGAAGCACCAAAAUGAUGAAAUGGCAGUAUUGGAAAGCAUAUAUGCUUCUGCUGCUGCUGGACUAAUGCACCCAAUAGGGAGUGGAAAAACUGAUAACAACCUAUGUCCUAUUACGGAAAAUGAAGAAUCUGAUGGUGAUCCUGCUUUGGAUACAAAGGAAUUAAGGAAAGGGGAAAAAGAAAAACAAACAUCAAAAGAAUCUGUGAUUACACCAAGGUUUGAGAAAGCCCCUUCUCUAACUUCUCGUCCACUACAAAUGAAUGAUGACAGCACUUCAAGUGGAAUGGAUCAGGAUGAAGGAAGACCUGCAAAGAAAACAUCUAGUGAAGAGGAAGAGGUCAAAAAGCAAAUUCAUUCUAUGGAUGACCUUGAUGACUUAACUCCGUCAUCUGAAACAAUUUCGGAGGGUUUCCACGUGCCUUGCUGUAAUUAUAUGACAUGCAUGUCGCUAAUUGAACAACAUGGCAUGGAUUGUAAAGAUUCUGUCAGUUUACUGAAAAUCCAGGAUACGGUUCUUUCAUAUGAAAGAUUAAUAGAACUUAAAAAAUAUCACUGUGCACAACUUAAAAGAAAAAAUAAAAAAAUGGAAAAUAAGGCUAAUGGACUACAAAAGGAGCUAUCAGAAACAAAAGAAAUGAUGUCGAAGUUGGAGCUUCAAAAAAUAGAAUGGGAGCAAGAACUCUGCAGUUUGAGAUUUACUUUAAAACAAGAAAAAGAAAGAAGGAGAAAUGCUGAAAUGUUAUAUGAAAAGAUUCAGGAGCAACUAACAAGAAAAGAAGAGCAAUAUAAUAAAGAAGUUGAAAUGAAACAAGAACUUGAACUUAAUCUUAGAACACUAGAUAUGGAACUGAAGACUGUAAAAAAUGAUUUCAGUCAGGUUGUGGAAGAAUGGAAUGAUACUAAGAAACAACUUUGUCGAGAACAGGAUGCCAGAAUAUUACAAGAUGGAAUUCUAAACAAUCACCUUUGCAAACAAAAGGAGAUAGAAAUGGAUAACAAAAGGAGUUCUGGGAUUUCUAAUAGUUGUGAAAAAGAAAAAUAUCUGUUGCAUAACAAAUACAUGUUGGAGGAUCAAAUCUCUAUGCUAAGACUGGAAAUAGAAACAAUAAAUAACCAGAACCAGGAGAAGGAAAGGAAAUACUGUGAAGACAUUGAAAUUUUAAAAGAAAAGCAUGUCAGUCUUCAGAAGACCAUAAAACUGACUGAGGAAAGAUUAACGAACACAGAACUCCAACACAGUGGACAGAUUAAUGCUCUGACCAUUGAGAACACAAUGCUAAAGUCUAAACUGGAGAAUGAAAAGCAAAACAAAGAAAGACUGGACGAAAAAGUUGAAUCGUACCGUGCUAGACUAGCUACCGCUAUACAGGAUUAUGACCAAAGUCAGACAUCAAAAAGAGACCUAGAACUUGCUUUCCAGAGAGCAAAAGGCGAAUGGUUUCGUGUACAGGACAAAUUGAAUUUUGAUGUGUCUAAACUAAAAGAAGAUAAUGAGCUUCUUUCUCAGAACCUUUCUGAAGCUGAAAGUAAAUUUAAUACUCUGGAAACUGAGCUCCAUCACACAAGAGAUGCUCUCAGAGAAAAGACUUUGGUUUUAGAACGUGUACAAAGAGACCUAAGUCAAACACAGUGUCAGAAAAAGGAAAUUGAACACGCGUAUCAAAGUGCACAAGAUAAAGUGAGUAAAUACAUUGGGAAGCAGGAAUCCUUAAAGGAGAGAUUAUCUCAACUACAGAGUGAAAAUAUGUUGCUUCAACAGCAACUAGAUGAUGCUUACAACAAAGCUUCCAGUAAAGAAAAGGUAGUAAUUAAUAUCCAAGACCAGUUUCAGGAUAUUAUAAAAAAACUUCAAGCUGAAAGUCAAAAGCAAGCUCUUGUAAUAGAAGCAAGCAAGCAAGAGUUAAUCAAUGAACGUAAUCUUUUAAGAGAAAGAAUGUAUGUGUAUGAAAAGGAGAAAGUAGAAAGAGAAGUAGCUGUGAGACAACUUCAAGAAGAACUGGCCGAUACCCUAAAAAAACAGUCUAUGUCAGAGGCUUCACUGGAGGUGACAUCACGUUGUCGUAUGAAUUUAGAAGAUGAGGUAAAGGACUUAAAGGAAAAACUGGCUCAGAUUAGGAAUCAGUUGCAAGAUGCUCAAGAACGACAUGCAGAGGCUGUGAUGCGUAUUGAGACGUUGAAAGAUCACGUGCAAAAGCUUGAAGUUGAAAAUGCCGAGUUAAAAGAUACCAUCAAAAAGCAAGUGGGAAAAAUUGAACAGCUUCAGGAAAACACAUUAAGUACAUGUUCAUCUGACGAUGAAAAGGGACAGAUAAAGAAAUUUAUUGAGUUAAAACAAUCUCUUGAAUGUAGUUUGAAUCAAGAAAUGAAGAAAAAUGGUGAAUUAGAAAAAGAGAUUACUAGAUUUAAGAAACUUUUAAAAGCGACAAGAAAAAAAUUAAGUGAAUAUGGAAAUGAAGAUCUUAGUUUCCACGGAGAUUUAAGAACCAGUCACACUGAAACGGAUAUUCAGAUUAAUAUGCUAAAACAUAAGGUAAUUUUUAAUUAGUUUUGGGACUUCAGAAUCACUUGAUUUUGGGAAAUAAGUUACUCAGUGCUUUGAGCAGUGAAAUA